UCAUCUUCAAUCCAUAAGCAGGAACCCAAAAAGAAGAAUUCUCCAGCUCCGUUCCAGCAAAUUCCCGCGUGGCGAAAGGGAAAACAAAAAAGAAAAUCCAUCUCUGUUUCUUCACUGCUCUGUUUUUUGUUCCUCCCCGGGGGAUUCCUCUGCUUUUUACCUUCUCUCUCACCACCAGCCGUCCACCGCACCACCACCGUCACUUCAAAUAUUCCCUCUCUCUCUAUCUCCAUUUCUUUCUCUUCCUAGCUUUCUCAAGCCAAGAAUCUAAUUUCCCCUUUUUCCCGGCUUUAGUUUUACUUCCCUUUCUCUGCCUCAGAUUCUUCUCCUUCCCGUCUUUCUUUCUCUCUCUUUGAUCAGCCAUCCAUCAUCUUUUUAAUUGCUAUCCCAUGCUGGUUGCGUUGUUCCUCCUUCCCCUUCUCCCACUCUUUUCUUCUCUCUCCCUGUCGUUUUCGUUUCCUCUGCCGCCGCAAAAAAGCUCUGUAAUUUCACCCCCUGUUUUCGUGCUCUGCCAUGGCUCCGCCGCCGCCGCCUUCUACUUACUCGUCUUCAGGUGUAACUCAUAUCUCUAAUCCUUGCAUUUAUGGGGACUUUGUGGAGAAAAAAUCCCGCUUCACGAAAUGGCUAGGCAAACUGUUCAAAACAAACACCCAUCGUGGUGUUGGCGGCGGCGGCGGAGGUCAGCCGCAGCUUGUAGGAGACGAGAACAUGGUCUGGCGGGAACCAUCAACUAGAUCACUGGGCGGCCGUGGAGGCGGUGUCGGUGUCGGCCGGCCGAGAGCUAACAGGGAAAAAGAAGAGCUUGACCGUGCAAUUGCACUUUCCAUGGGCGAAGGCUUGAGGAGACCACCGAAUGGAGGGUAUGGAUGGCGGCCGACAGCAAACAACAACAACGAUGAAGCAUUAGCAAGAGCUUUACAAGAUAGCCUCAACUUGUCUUCGUAUCCUCCUUAUGUAGUCCCUCCUGCACAUUAUUACCCCAGGGGAUAUAGGUUAUGUGGCGGCUGCCAUCGUGAAAUCGGGUAUGGGAACUAUCUGGGUUGCAUGGGGAUGUUCUUCCAUCCGGAAUGCUUCAGGUGCCGCUCUUGUGGCUACCCAAUUACUGAGACAGAGUUUUCUUUGUCAGGGAAAGAUCCAUAUCACAAGUCAUGUUUCAAGGAACUGACUCAUCCCAAAUGUGAAGUCUGCCUGCAAUUUAUUCCAACCAACUCAGCGGGCUUGAUAGAGUACAGAUGCCACCCAUUUUGGUCACAAAAGUACUGCCCUUCUCAUGAGCAUGAUAGUACAGCUCGGUGCUGCAGUUGUGAGCGACUGGAGUCUUGGAAUGCAAGGUACUACUCCCUAGAAGAUGGAAGGAGCCUGUGCUUGGAAUGCAUGGAGUCAGCCAUCAUGGACACGGGCGAUUGCCAACCACUUUACCAUGCGAUCAGAGAUUACUACGAAGGAAUGAACAUGAGAUUGGAGCAGCAGAUUCCCAUGCUGCUUGUUGAAAGACAAGCACUCAAUGAAGCCAUCAUCGGAGAGAAGAAUGGGUACCAUCACAUGCCUGAGACAAGGGGGCUAUGUCUUUCUGAAGAACAGACUGUCACCAGUGUACAAAGGAGACCGAGGAUCGGAGGGCACCGGUUUGGGGGGAUGAGAACACAGCCUCAAAAGUUGAUCAGGAGAUGUGAAGUCACAGCAAUUCUUGUCCUCUAUGGCCUCCCAAGGCUACUAACAGGAGCCAUUCUGGCCCAUGAACUCAUGCAUGGAUGGUUACGUCUUAAAGGGUACAGGAACCUAAACCCUGAGGUAGAGGAAGGAAUCUGUCAGGUUCUCUCCUAUAUGUGGCUUGAAUCCGAAGUAUUACCAGGAUCCAAAAGCAGCAAUAUGGCAUCAACAUCAUCAUCAACAGCUUCUUCUUCCUCCUCCUCCUAUUCCAAUUCAAAGAAAGGCGGGAGAUCCGAGGUGGAACACAAACUGGGGGAGUUCUUCAUGCAUCAAAUCGCUCACGACGCUUCUCCAGCAUAUGGUGGAGGAUUCAGGGCUGCUAAUGCUGCUGUCAACAAGUACGGUCUCCGUAGGACCUUGGAUCACAUUCGUCUUACUGGAAACUUCCCAUUGUAAGAGAACUCAUCAGCUAGUACUUGUCAACCCUUCCACAGUCUAGCACUUCCACACAUAAAACAAAAAGGAUUUGAGCUUGUCACAGAGUUUGCAAAAGCUCCCCCUUCCCAUUUUUACGGGGGGUAUACAAGGUCCAGACUGUACUAUUACUAUCUCUACUUAACAACAUCCAUUUACUACCCAUUCGUGUUCUUCUUGCUCAGUUGAAACAUAUGUUCAAAACCCAUACCAGAAAUUGGGUUGGCAAUCUUGUUUGGAACCGUCGAUGGCAGUAGUAAAACAGUGAACUGAAAAAGAAGAAAAGGGUAAGCAAAUCUACAGGAACCGUCCGUGGCUUGAAGAAAAAGCCGUCCUAUCAUCACUGCUUUCGUCAAUGACAAUAAAUUUACAAUUGGGAGAGGAAAUUACAUAGGAAAGUCAGACAGACAGAGAUGGUCAAUUACCUGGCUAAUGCUAGUGGGUAUGUAUAUACAGGUCUCAACUCUGUCUCCUCCAAACCCACUUCUCAAUUCCCAAAUUCACAAACCCUAGAAAGUGCAAACCAGAGAUAAAAUGGCAGCAGCAGCAGCAGCCGGCGGAGUGACGGAAUUCCUGCCGAAGGAGUACGGCUACGUGGCUCUGGCACUGGUGGGUUAAAAUGGCAGCAGCAGCAGCAGCCGCAGCCGGCGGAGUACGGAAUUCAUGGUAAUUAUUGGACGAGAGAAAAUCUAGCAAGCCAUGGUAAUUACUAAUUCUCCUACAGACAACCAUUGAAGCCAUUACUUUCUCCCAAUCACAAAAGAUAUCCUGCAGUCUGCAGAUGUGACGAAAUAGGAAAUACACAAAAUGUAACUGCACUGCAAAGAAUGAAAUUGACAAAACUCA